AUCCGGAAGCGCGGGAGGUUCUGCGGUGAUAGCCGGUUGCAUGCCCACAUGCGGCAAUAUUCUAGGUGCGGUGUGCCCGCAUGAUGUGCUCAGUUUCUCUAUUCUCUCUUCUAUGUCAACAACCUCCUCUUCGCAACUGGACAGCCACUCCACAAUCACAUCCAGCCGUGAAUCUUCUUUCAGCAUCAGAACAAAAGCGGGGAUUCCUUUCUUCCCCACAUGCGAUUUCAACACCCGCGGAAACCGUACCAGAAGCAGGACUAUUGCUCUACGCCCGGCUUAUUCCUCGAGAUCCAGAGCAGUCCGUCCAUGAGACACAUGCUUAAUGGUUUCUUUGACGGCUGAUUCAAAGUCGGCUGGCCUCCUGCGGCAAAAUUUGGAUUUCGGCACAGAAUUUGUUUUCUAUGUGAGCCGUGAAAUAAGCGUGUGAUUGCGCCCUGAAAUUCCUCACAUUGUGGCCCGAUGAUGAGUAUUGGUGGCCGGCAUUAUGAACAUCGCGGUACCACGUUCGCUGCGUCUUGAAUCGCUGCUCUGCUCAAGAUGGCUAGCCCCAUGAUUGAGCGCAGAAGUCUGUUUGGGCGAACCUGCGUUCAUCUUUGGUCCCCACCAUUUGCUUUUAACAUGUGUCAAUCAGCCCCUCGCGCAGCCCGCCCCCUGUCGUGGCCAGUUGUGGCCCAAACCCUAGCGAUUGAAGACGUACUCGGGCGGAGAGCAAUGGGAGGCCACUCGCAUCAGGCUAACGCGGCUCACAACAAUAGGCAGUUAUUAUCAUCCUUAGCAUAACAUAUGAGGACGGCCGAAACCCCCUAUCAAUCUGAGGGACAGUGACAGCAGGCAUCUCGCAUCUGUGUUCAUGCUAACGAAGGGCGGCAAGUACGAGUUCAGCGAUAAAUUCAAAGGAUCUGCUCGGCAAAAAGGGUUCCAGAUGGCUGUGAGCUUUGUCUUAUUCUUUUUGGGUGCCUCUUCCGCAACAUGCCUUGCGCAUUCGCGUGGGCGAGAAGAGCUCAGGAGCAUCACCAAGACUGAAUUCCGUGGGCUGGAGGGAGGCGUUAUCUUUGCUUUCGCGGGUCUGGCCAGUGUGACCAACGUCAUACGUAGGGAUCUAGAAGACUAUCACAUCGCACUUGUCAUAGAGAAGAUAAUAGCGAGGCACGUAAAUGACUUACUUCGAAGAGGACGACAUGGAAAGGUCACUGUCGAUCAAGAGUCAUAGACAUUUAAGAGCGUGCGCGUGUAUUUGAGUGGAGUGUUGGUGGAGUCGGAUGUGGAGUAUGACGGAGAUCUGGAGAGAGACUUGCAGAGAGAGGCCUGCAACGUGGAGUGGUAAGUAUCCUGCGCCGUCCUGUUUGGCGGUGUACUAACGGGUUUAGGAUCAGUAUCGCAGAUCGGGUACGGGCGUAGCAUGCCGACUCCUUCUUUGGCUCGCUCUGUGGCUCGCCAUGUCUGCAUCCAUGACUGGCAACGGCGUCGUCCGGUUCCAACUCCUGCAAGCCACUCUCUGUGUGCAAACCACUCGGGGCAUGAAGCUCAUCGGGAAUGGACAACACAGAGCCGCUGCAGCGAAAGCAGGCUCGUGCUGCUACUCAUGUGUCAUAAGUGGAUGGCAUUGAAACCGCGGAUCCCUGGGAAUAUUAUAUUAAUUACCUCUAAUAACCUUUAUAGUAACUAUUCUAAGCGAUAUUUGUCAUUUCACGAAUUCUAAAUAUUGCGACCUCAGAUCUUGUCUUAAGCCGCUACAUUGUUCCAUUUAUAGCUCCAGUAUGCUUUACCGUUUUCGACAUACCAACAAGCAGUAAGCCAUGGUGAGAGACGGAAUUCACGAUAACUCUGUUAUGUUUUCAGUUCGGCUCCAAUACCUGAUAGUAUAAUCUUACCUUGUGGUACAUUAAAUCCUCAC